AUGUUCGGGCUACCUAUCAGAGUAAUUCCGCAAGUUCGGGUCUGUUCUAAUCUGUUGCAGAAUGUGAGAUGUCUGACUACUCAGGCAAGAGUUACUGUCAAACCUGUGCAAUCCAGAAAGACGUUUCUCAUCGACUUCUACAAAGACAUGAUGGAAAAAAACCCUGUUGUUCUUUUCGCGCAUCAUAACAAUCUGCUUAAGCAAGAAAAUGCGCAUUUUCGUGGUCAGAUCCAGCAACUGGGCGGCAAAAUGGUUGUGCUCAGAAAUCAACUGUUUCAGGUUUACCUUCGGAAUUCACAUCUACCGGACCCUUGCGCCCCAAGUGGCAGACAUAAGCAGAACCGCAAGCAUCCGCUGUUGCCGCUCUUUAAGGGGCCCACAGCCGCCAUAACUUUUUCAGAAACGGAACCUGACAAAAUGGCAAAACUACUCAAGAUGCUAGAAAAAAGUUCGGACAAAAUGUUUGUCGUGGGCGCCAAGGUCGAUGGCCAAGUACUAGAGAUGCCUCAGGUACACGAGUUCAAAAAACUGCCAUCGAAGUCUGCAUUGCAAGGCCAACUUCUAGGACUGCUCUCUGUGCUCAGCGGUGCGGGCUUGGUUAGGACUCUGGAGGCGGGCUCUCAUUCUCUGUACCUCACAUUGCAGUCGCACCACGACAACAUAUCGCCAGACAAGGAACCGAAGUCAGAUUAA